ACAUUGAAGACAUUCAAGGCCUAUCAAAUAUUUCAGACGAAUUAAGUGAAUUCAAACGUGCUUGUUUGAAAACUAAUGAUAAGCACGUUGUCCUCAAAAUUUUAAAACAUGAAGAAGAUAAAUAUUACGAUAUAUUUAACAGAGAAAUAAAAAUUUUUAAAGAAAUUGACUCCAAUGAAAACGUGAUCAAAUUUUUGGGGGUUACUAAAGGCCUUUAUAAGAAUUUUUAUUCUAUAGUUCUUGAGUAUUGUGGUGAAAACAACUUAAGUCAAGAUUUAAAAAAAGUUUCAAAAAAAGAUUGGGCUUGUAAAAUAAAUAUGGCUAAAGGCCUUGCCAAUGGCUUAAAAUUUGUCCAUGCUGAGAAAAUUAUACUUUGCAACUUG